AUGAUGUCCUGUCGACACCACUAUCCGACUGGUCGUUGGACGACGACGAUUCCGAGUAGUCCAGGUGACCCGCGAGAGGGGGGCGCAGAGGCUGAAUCUAAAGUGGAUUGCUCGGGUCAAGGAAAGGUGGCCAGACCUGGAAAGGAACCGACUAUUUGCAGUCGAUUGCAGUGGCUCAGACGGCCAUGGCGGUGCCAGUGUGGACCAGGCAACCUGGUUCUCUACCUUUUAUGCGAUGCUCUGAAUGGGGUGCUCAUGGUGAUACCACCAGAGCACGGCACGUUCUUUGGUGGCAACGGUCAGCCUUUGGUGGUACCUUCUUGGGGGUGUACACUGGUCGGCCUUCUGCAAAGCGACUGCAUCGAUCCGCCUACAGUAUUCGUCUCUACACUUCUGGCUCCGUCUGGGCUUCUUGAGCCGACUUUAUGGGGUGCGCAAUUUGCCGGGGCCUACCGUCCCACGCAUGGCUCCGCGUUCAAUACGACCGAUGAAGAUACCGUGCGUCGGUUUCUUAGGAAAGUGGGGGUGGCCGGGGAAGAUCAAGAGAAGGCCCAGGCCACGAUUGACGAUGCCCUUGCGGAGAAGGAGCGUAGCUGGCAGGAAUACACGAGUAAGAGAGAGAUGAACAUCAUCGAAGGCGACCACGAGCGAAUGAUUCAGGACCCACUUCAUGACGCCCUUGACUGGUCCGAGGAUCAAUUGCAGGCCUUACGGAGUCAGCAGGACCAGAUAAGUGAAAUGACAGGCAGCACUGUGGAUGACAAGGGUCUGGAUGUAGACGUGCUUCCGAAAGACCAUACAGCCGUGAGGUAUAAUUUCAUUUUGCUCGGUAUUGACAAGGUGUCGCGUUUGGCAGCAGGGAGGCCUAUGCGUCGACAUGAACACACGUUCGAGAAGGCGAAGCGGUGCAUGGAAUAUCAGGACAUGGAGGAUGUAGCUACGCUGGACUUGUUGGAGCCCAAACCCACGGAUACUGACCGCAGAGCUUGGGUAAUUGUUGCCAAGACACAGCUGGCACAAGCUAGGGCCGCGAGUCGAUUUGCCCAUGUUUGCGGUUGGACAAGUCGCUAUGUCUCUCCAAGCAAAGGAGCCGCAUAA